AUGAAGCCCUUGACUCUCCUCAUCGCCGUCAUCGGUCUAUCAAUCAACCCCGUCUCAGCACAAUGCUACUUGUCCGGCCCCAAAUGGGAGAAUCGCACCGCUGCACGUGAGCACGCCGUCCAGGCUUGCAAAGGCAACGGCACCCACAUUGGCUUUUCCCAAUUCACGUUUGACUAUUACAAAGAUUACAACACGUGCAUUCAGUACUCUCCCACGCAGAGGAUUGUGUUCACUAUUUGCAACAUCGAUCUUGGCAUGCCCAAGACUCUUUUUGAGGAGACCUGCAUCAACAAUCUUCACGAUAUGAUCAAUCGCUGUGCUCGAGGCGGGACAGCACACAACCAAAUGUUUACUUUUAGAUCCGACCCAAAUAAGGGCAUCUGCAAAGAAUAUCACUACAUCACCAAUGAUGGGAUGUGGCAGGGUAAAAAAGAGGGUUAA